AGGACGUACAUCCUGCGAUAACGAUAUGUAGAUGAUCGCACGGACGUCACACGAGCCCGGGCUCAAUGUACUUAAUACGUCAGUAUAGUGUAUAAUAUAGGCACAUCAGACUACAAUCAGCUCAUUUUUUGCUGCAUGGCAACGGUCACAUGAUACCACAGCUCUAAUGCGGCAUAUCAGGAGCUUAUAAAUGAACCAUUUAUAAGCUCCUGGGCAUAUUAUGGCACCAUUACGAGUGGCUGUGAUUGGAGCCGGGCCGUCAGGGUUGAUUGCUGCCCGCAUGCUUGCCUCACGACCGCAAGAUUUCGACUUCGAGGUUUACGAACGUGGAGAUAACAUCGGAGGUACGUGGGUGUACACGGAGAGGACAGGGCUGACUGAAGAUGGCUUCCCAGUACACUCAAGUAUGUACAAGAACCUUAUCACCAACCUACCUACGAAUUUGAUGGAAUUCCCUGACUUUCCCUUCCCUUCGGAUUCGAAGAAAUUUAUACAUUGGAAAGAGGUACAAGACUACCUGCAUGCCUACGCCGACCACUUCAACCUUCGAAAAGACAUCCAACUAAAUACAGAUGUAACGUCUGUAAAACGCAUCACCACAAAGCCUGUCCCACCAGGAGAUGCCCACCAAUCUCCCAACAGACCGCAGUGGUUGGUGCGCACGAAUGCCCUUCAGGGAGGAGGCAGCAAGGAGAAGGUGUUUGAUGCUGUACUAGUCUGCUGUGGACACUUUAAUGUCCCCCUCUAUCCAGACAUUCCUGGUCAGGAGAGCUUCCGCGGGGUACAGCUGCACAGCCACGAUUACCGCCAUCCAGAACCUUAUGCCGGCAAGCGAGUACUCCUGAUGGGAGCAUUUGCGUCUGCAUUUGAUAUCAUGAAAGAUCUCUACCCUCACACUUCCGAGGUGAUCAUAUCACUCAGCGAACUAGACGUUAUAGGCCUUGGUGAACAGUACAAGAAAGGGCUGCUACCACACAACGUGAGAACAACGCCAUUCCCGCAGGCGAUCAACGGUAGCGCGGUGACGUUCACCGACGGUGAGACGCUCGAACCAGACGUGAUUAUUUUCUGCACCGGCUACAAGUAUUCGUUCCCAUUCCUCGACGCCUCGUGCGAUGUCACUGUUAGCGAGGGUAAACGCAUACAACCGUUAUUCAUGCACAUGAUCCACAGCAGGUACUACACGCUCAUGUUUAUCGCCAUGCCGUAUACAGGCCUCGAUUUCUUAAUCGCGUACCUCCAGGUUCCGAUUGCGCUUAUGAUCCUUGAUGGGUCACUGGCGCUCCCUAGCGAGCAAGAUAUGAACCAGGACACAGAAGCUGACUACCGCGAUCGGUUAGCUAGCGGACAGAAACUCCGCCACGUCCACAAGUACCUAUACCCUCCCCGUUGGUCGUAUACGGUGUACUACGAUGAGAUUGCCACUUUUGCAAAGAUCGAUAACGUCAUGCAGCCAAAGUACCGCUCAUUUGAAGCUGUCUUCGCUGCAAUAUGCAAAAAUGUGAUGACAUAUAGGGACUAACGCGACUCUGACUCCCAUCUAGAGUGUCACCACAGUCCGUGAGGCAUAACCUCCAGAGUGUGCGCAACUCUAGCUGCACGUGAAACAUUAGAUUAGGGAAUGUCUGCAUAUAGAUAGUAGAUCGAUAUCCAGAGAUCGAGCUAGGCUUCUCUGGGCCAGGCACUCAUCACUGAGUGUGACUAGCAUACGACAAUAGGUUGUUGAGAGCUAUUGUAGUUGCCCAGCCGGAGAUGUGUUCCGCUUCCUCGAGGUGACUUAACAAUGAUAUUGCCUGACUCAAUGUUUUGCCACAGAGACCCAGGAUACAUCUACGUUCAUUGACAUUACAAGUCACUUAAAGUGUAUUCGAUACGAUAGCCUAUAAUUUAGAGCAGUUGUACUAAUAUACACACAUGUAAAAUUGUUUGGAAUCAAUAUAAAUAUAACAGGUAGUUGAUAUCAGCCAUAAAUUAAAUCAUAGCAGCAUUGAAUGGCAUGAAAAUUUUCACAUCGCGAGAUUGAUACUGAGUAUUAAUAAUAUAUUCUAUUAUUAAAAAACUCAAAUGAAGCUUUCUCACACUGUAAUCUUAUCUACAACUCCGUGGAUAUUUUUUUUAUAUAAAUCGCACGCUUCUGGUAUGGAUGUUUUGUUAUUUGCGGGCUUGUUAUAGCACUUUCCUAUCUUUAUAGAACCAAAAUACACUUUAACUAGUACUAUCAGAAAUCGAUUGUUAUUCUCCUCUAUCCUUCGCAUGUAUCACAAUACAAUAAUUAUACAAGAGUGCUUGACGAAUACUAUAUUUUCCUGCUGUAGUUCCUCCCUUUUUAUGUAGCAGUAGAUAUGGAUGCUAAUGAAGUAACCCUGAUCUCAUACGUAACAAUGCGCACGUCUUCAGCUUAUACUGUCGCUAGCCAAUCACAGCCGGUUAACGAGAGAAUGAUAGAUUUAGAAUAAUUAUGUCGGUUUUGGGUCUUUUUGUGAAUCGUACAGGGACCGCGUGAAGUCGUAAGCACUUCAGCAAACAUCACCGUCUUGCUAUGCGCAUGCGGAUCUAAUGCUUAGCCCUUCAUUUAGUUGUUUGUAAAUGUUGUUAUCGGAUAUUGACAAUAACUUGAAUUGUACCUUACCAAUAAGACAUUA